AUGCCACGGAGCCCGACGUCCAGCGAGGAUGAGAUGGCUCAGAGUUUUUCUGAAUAUUCUCAGGAAUCCAGCUCAGAAAGUUCAAAAGAGGAGGCCAUCUAUGAGACGAUCAGGACAGAACAGACUGUCAGCCACAUGACGGACGUCCAGAGCCACUCGCUGGUCAUUAGAGUGAAUAUCCCAGACCUGCAGCAGACGAAGUGCGUGCGGUUUAACCCCAGUGCCACGGUGUGGGUGGCUAAACAGCGUCUGCUGUGUACUCUGAGUCAGAAUCUGAAGGAUGUGCUGAACUACGGACUCUUCCAGCCGGCCAGCGGUGCUUUCUUGGAUGAAGAGUGUCUCGUCGGAGAAUAUCCACAGCUGGCCUGCGAGGACGCCGCGUCACUGGAGUUUCGCUACAAAACCAGACUGUAUGAUCAGCCCGGUGCGGACGAGAAGCAGAUUGCCAGACUUCACACAAAGGCCAACUUGAGGAGGUUCAUAGAUUACAUCCGACAUCAUCAGCUAGAGAAGCUCUCCAAAAUGCUUGACCGAGGCCUGGACCCCAAUUACCAUGACAUGGACACUGGAGAGACGCCGCUCACCUUUGCGGCCCAGCUGGAGAGUACGGUGGAGUUUAUUAAAGCACUGAGGAACGGAGGAGCUCAUCUGGACUUCAGGGCCAAAGACGGCAUGACUGCGCUCCACAAAGCAGCUUGCUCUAAAAACCAGGCCACGCUCAAGACGCUGCUGGAGCUCGGGGCAUCUCCUAACUAUAAAGACAGUCGUGGUUUGACAGCGCUGUAUCACACAGCCGUGCUGGGAGGAGACACCGACUGCUGCGAGCUUCUGCUGAACGAGAACUCCUCCGUCUGCUGCCAGGAUGAGAACGGCUGGCACGAGAUCCACCAGGCUUGUCGACACGGUCACGUCCAGCACCUCGAGCACUUGUUGUUUUAUGGAGCAGAUAUGAGCGCUCAGAACGCCUCGGGAAACACGGCGCUGCACAUCUGUGCUCUCUACAACCAGGAGAAGUGUGCUCACGUGCUGCUGGUCAGAGGAGCCGACAAGGAGCUGAAGAACUGCAAUAAUCAGAGUCCGUUCCAGGUAGCCAUAAUCUCUGGGAAUUUCGAGUUGGCGGAGCUGAUAAAGAAGCACAGAGAAAGUGACGUAGUGGACCGAGCUGGAAAACCAUACUGUAAGUUUGAUGGCUUCAGGUCUGAGCGCUUCAUCCACCGGAUGCUCGAUGAUCUUGAGACGAUAUUCUUGUCAUUGUAUUUUUUGGGCUUCCCCCUCGUACUUUACUUUAACUUUUUUUUUUUUUAUCUGAACUCCAGACAGCGACGGCCUCUCCAGAAGAACAAUCUUUCUAUGUCUCGGGUGCUGCUGCGCUCCAACAGCGACAAUAACCUGAUGACGCGAGCCGUGAGUCCAGAGCAGCUCAGUCUGUCCCCGCAGAAGAUGCAGAGAGACCCGAGCGGCCCGGGAAAGAUGACGGGCCGCGGCGGCAGGACCGUCCCGAGCAGCCGUUCCCUGUCCAUCAGCCUGGAGGACGAGCAGAGCACGCAGCAGAAACGUGUCAAUGGCAGACCGUGUGGCCAGAGCUCCAGGAGAAAGCUGUACAGCGCUGUUCCCGGCCGUCAUUUCGUCGUCGUUCGCUCAUACCAACCUCAAGCUGGUGGAGAGAUCAGCCUGCACAAGAAUGAAAGGGUCAGAGUUCUGAGCGUUGGUGAAGGCGGUUACUGGGAGGGCUGCUGUCGAGGGCAGGUGGGCUGGUUCCCUGCCAGGUGUUUGGAAGAGAUUCCUGUCAAACCUGACAAAGAGAGACCAAAGAGCAGAAUGGAGCGCAGCGACAGGAAAAAACUCUUCAGACAUUUCACUGUUGGUUCCUAUGACAGCAUUGACAGCGACUGUGUGACCGAGCAGAAAACGGUGGUUUUACAGAAGCAGGAGAAUGAAGGCUUCGGGUUUGUGCUGCGAGGAGCUAAAGCAGACACACCCAUCGAGGAGUUCAUCCCGACUCCUGCGUUCCCCGCGCUGCAGUACCUGGAGUCUGUGGAUGAGGGUGGAGUCGCCUGGCUGAUGGGGCUCCGCUCAGGGGACUUUCUCAUCGAGGUCAACCAUCAGAAUGUGGUGAAGAUGGGACACCGGCAGGUCGUUAACAUGAUUAAACAUGGAGGAAACCGACUCGUCGUUAAAGUGGUGACAGUGAGCAGGAAUCUCGAACAAGACGACAACACCCGUAAAAAAGCUCCUCCUCCACCAAAGCGAGCCCCGACAACUGCACUCUCAAUGCGAUCCAAGUCCAUGACAUCUGAACUAGAAGAAUUAGAUAAAGUUGAAGAGACCGUACAGCCACAGAAGCUUGUGCAUGAAAAAGCCUCAUUGGACAAAGUUGCCACGAUCAAGCCCCGCCCCUCGAGUCGCUUUUUGGCCACAUCCAUGGAUUUUAAUCCAUCCACGUCUGAAAGGCCAGGAGUUGCUGUAGUUCCCCCUAGUGUUCCUGCAAGAUCCCAUGGAAGUUAUGUUCGUGUGCCAAAAAGUUGUAUGAGAAGACAAAAGUCCAUUGGAAUUGCAGGAGAAGAAAAGAAGCUCCUCAUACCUCCACUGCUCAAGUUCACCAGAAGUCUCUCUAUGCCUGACACAUCUGAGGAUAUUCCCCCACCUCCAGGCGUUUCUCCUCCAUCCCCACCUCACAACCUCAGUACUCCUAUGGCACAAGUAUAUGAGCCCAACCAGCCCAUUUACACACAGAACUCAACAGGCAGAUGCCACACUAUAGACAGAGAUCUAGUCGGGUACCAUCGCCAGAACUUUGAACAAUAUGACUGUCAAACUCCUUCGGCUGCCCAGCAAAACAUGUGUUCCCAUAACAGAGCCCAUGUGCCAGAGAACCCAUAUUCAGACAUAGUUGGCAAACCUUUGUAUAUCCCACCAAAACCAGCUCGUAGGAAGGGUAUAUUGGUAAAGCAGCCACAUGUUGAGGAUAGCCCUGAGAAAACCUGUUCAAUCCCAAUACCAACCAUUAUUGUCAAAGAGCCUUCAACUAGCAGUAGUGGCAAAAGCAGCCGGGGAAGUAGCAUGGAAAUUGAGACUAGUGCCUCCGAGCAGCCAGGCCAACUACGGCCAGACGGCAGUCACAUUGUGAGCAACCCUUUUGCAGCUGCUAUUGCAGGGGCAGUACGUGACCGUGAGAAGCGGCUUGAAGCACGCAAGAACUCCCCAGCCUUCCUGUCGAUGGAUCUCGGAGAUGAGGAUCCAUUUAUCCCAACCCCUCGUUUACGCCAGUCUAUGUCCAUAGAUGAAGGCAUGUUUGCCAGCGAUAAGAGUUUACAAAAGCUUAUGGCUCCACCGGCUUCUUUAUUAGAGCUCCAGCAAAUUUUAAGUGGAGGCAACAUGGCUAGCUUUACCAUCCCAGAACCAACAACUGAGCCCCUCACAACACGCACCGGGAGCUGCCCCAAUACAGACGGUCCCAUCAGUCUCGAUGGAGAUUUCCAAAACCAGACAUUAGGAAAGACUCGUGAUAUUUGUCCACCCUUGGCUCUGGGUCUAGCUUUAAGUAAUAGAGCUCUGAAGGAGCACGUGCAACCCCCACUUCCUCCACCUAAAAGAGAACCUCGCAAUGCAUACCUCAACCAGCCACUCUUCAUAGACACCAAGCUACGGUCCAAUAUUGAUGCCAACUUUGUUGCCACAGCUGCAGUGGGACAACCAAAAGAUUGUGGAGGUUUGUUUAGACACACAAGAGAGUCCAAUCACGAAACAGAAAAGGCAAAGGAAAGAAAUCCAUCUGAGCAGUCGAAGAACUCCAAUAACACAUCACAACAGCAGUCAUCGGGGCUCCUCAUGGUCCACACACAAGAUAAGGCCAAGCCACAAGUAAACACUCAGCCUGAUAGAUUAGAACAAGAAGAGUCCCCAGAAAUGGUCAGUGCACCCAUUGAGUACAACGUCAAACUUACAGCCCCCAACUCCCGGCCACCUCAUACAAGGAACGUCGUCACCUCUGCCACCUCUGUGGAGGAGCCUGUCAAGCUUCCCUGUACCAUUCCUCCUCCCCCAAUGACCUCAGUGGAUAUUGAUGAGGAGUUUGAACCCUUGCCUCCACCUCUGGAGUUUGCCAACAGUAUUGAUGUUCCUGAGGACCAGGUAGCAGAAAUUCUCAAGCAGAAAAAGAAUAACAUAAUAGGACCCAUGCCUGUUUAUCAUUCACGUGCUUCUACAACUGACAGUGUGGAGUCCAAGUGUCUUUCGGGGCUUGUAAACUGCACGACUCCUCACACCUACCCUCCACCACCUCCAGAAAUGUUUGAGCCCGUCACGGACUCAGGCAUUGAGGAAGCUGACAGUCGGAAUAAUGGGGACCCUCACAUUGAGGCCAACGGUACAGUUUCCACAGUGUCCAGUAUUUCUACUCUUUCAUCAGAGGGAAUUGAUGACACAUGUAUAUACUAUGCAGAUGGGCAGACUCUUUUGGUGGACCGACCACCUGUUCCACCAAAGCCAAAAACGAAGCCCACAAUCAACAAAAGCAAUGCACUUUACAGGGACCCUUUGCACGAUAGGAUACACGAGAGCAUAGAGUCCUUCGGACAGCCACCACCAGCCCCUCCGCCAUACCUGGGUUAUGGAGCACAAUCUGAACUUCGCAAAAAACUUGCUCAGCGAGGCACUAAACUCUGGGACCACAAUGAGCUCCCAAACCCCCUCUUACCCAAUGCAGGUCCUAAAGCCAGUGUGAUCAAUGACCUUAGCUCCAAACUUCAGCAGAUGAACAAGGACAGAUUUCCAAAACAGCCUGCAGGAUCCAGAAGCAUUGGAUCAAGAGAGUGGACGGCCCAAGCCUCAGGUACCAAACGCAGCAACACGGUUCCCUCAAUAACCCCGAGCCACUUGCCCCUUCAGGCUUCCAGUCCAGCCUCGCCUCCUCCUGAAUCUGGUCGUUGCUCUUCUCUGCCAGGCUCUGCCGCCUCCCCCACAUUAACAGAUGUAUUUAGCCUGCCAUCUCCACCCAUUUUGAAUGCAGAGCAAUGCUACAGCCUCAGCUCAGUCAGCAGUCGAUCGCCGUCCCCUCUCACGAUGUUUCAGGCUUCAGACAAGCCCUUUGCUGACAAACCCAUCCUACUCUGGACCAAGCACGAUGUAGCCAACUGGCUUGAAAGCCUCAACUUGCAGGAACACAAGAAGGCCUUCUUGGACAAUGAAAUUGAGGGCACCCACCUUCCCAGCCUCCAAAAGGAAGACCUUGUAGACUUGGGUGUCACCCGUGUUGGUCACCGGAUGAACAUUGAAAGGGGUCUCAAACUUCUAAUGGACAGAUAAAGGGUGCAUACACUCGGUACAGUGCUUGGCAUGGAUAUUGGCUUGAUCAAUCCCUCGUUUUCUCCAGCUUCUUUCAGACUAGCUGUGUUGCAUCUGUUGAAAAGUGUGGGGCGAUGUUCUCUGUAUUGUAUUCAGAGGCACAGUAAGUACCAUGGAUGCAGAACUGCACUCAGGAACACUUCUAAGAGGACUUGUUCUUGCCAUCAAAAGCUUUGUUUAAAUGUCUGGAGCUCGUCUCUAACGAGCAGAGCUUGGACGUCCUUUCUUUUUUAGCUUUGAUACAGCUAUUUCUGGGAAAAUUUAAUUCCAGAUGUUUUCUGCAAGCGUUCUGUAUGUGGCAGAGAACAUGGAUACCCAGAAGAGCACUGCUGUUUUGUCCUUAUAAAAUAAGGUUAGCUGAAAACGUUAAAUUCACUCAGGCUUGAGCAGGAACAUGUAUUCACACCCUUAAUAUUCCAGAUAAGUGCAAGGGAUGGUGGCGCUAGUGAAGCCGCUCUUCAUCCUUGAUGCUUCUUGAUUUUCAUGAGAUUGAAUGAGGACGGGGACAUGUACAGAUUUGUCUGAUCCUGUCGGCAAAAAUUAAAUGCUAAAAAAUACAUAUCCUUUUUGUAUAGGGAAAUGUUAGGGAAAGCAUAUGUUUUUUGUGUUCUUGCUGCAGAUUGCGCAAGCUAUAGAGAAUUUAAAAAACAAAUAACUAAGGCUUGAAAGGAAGAUCGAUCUUAAUGAGAGCUUGUGGCGUAGCUCAUAAAUCAGGGGUAAUUAUUAUUGUGCUUAUCAGCUGCCAUGGAUCAAAUAACAUCUAUAAUAGCCUCGCAUUAUGGUAGCGACAGAGCUUUUUUUUAAUAUUGUGACUUGGUUGUGGAUUGUGAUAUUGAUUGGAUGAAGGUGGAUCUGAUGACUAUGAGGUUUCCGAGGACUGUAAGGCUGGUCACACACUUGAGGAUUUUAAGGCCGAUUUGCAGAUGUUGCAUGCGCCUAUAGCUGAAACUUGGCAGCCACAAACAUGCCACGAAUGUAGAGUACUGAGAAAGAACAUUACCCAUAUUCUUUUUUUUCUAUUUUGUUUUUCACUGUACAACCGAAUGCGCGCCAGCUGACGUCGAUUGUCCUCUAUGUGUUUUUCUUCUCGAGUCACGGUUAAAACUGUCUUCAUGUCUGUGGUCUCCCAUAGUUUUAAAAUCGGUUAAGAACUGAAAAUCAUCUAGUGUGUCCCAGGCCUAAGAAAGUGGUGGAGUUCAAACGGACUGAAUGAUUGGAGUCUGAUAUUUCAGCUGAAGAUCCAGUUGUGACAUCAAAACUACUAUGAAAAAUGAAAUGUAUGCAUAGAUGAAUAGCUCACAAUAAGAUCAAUUACACAUUUAAAAAUAGCUUGGAAUGAAAUGGAAAUUCACUAUUUUAAUGCGAGUUGUGGUUUUGGAGAGAUUCCGUGAGUCAAGUGGGUUUUCUUUCUUUAACAGAGGCUAUAUUAAGCAGCUUUUGUUAUUCUGCAACUUGGAACCAUGUUUCUUAGCCAACAUACACUGGAAAAAUUGAGGCAAUGAUGACUUUUUACAUUUUUAUUUAGAUUUUUGUAUGUGCCACUCACUGCAGUAUUGAUAGUGAUAAUGUCUCUGAAACGAGAAACGAUAUGUUUGCCAUCACCUGCUGCUGAGAUUCUGAGUACGAGUCAAUAUAGAACAAUAUUUUUGAAAUGUGGGCCAGAAAUUAAAAAUAGCAAGCCUUUCCUGAACGAAGGUUUACCAAUACACUGCUGCUACUGUGAAAAUAGACAUUUUAUAAAAUAGAUCGUCUUCUGAUAGCAUACAAUAGAAUAAGAGAGUAUUUUCAUUUUAUAUUAUUAUAUUGCCUUUUCUAAAUGCAGUUUCAAUGGUAUUGUUCCCACUUAAGUGUGGUUUGCCAAAAAAGUAAAAUGUUUAAAUAAAAUGGGUAUAGAUUCUUAAUAUAGCAAACCCAAAAGAGCAAUAUAUUUAUACUAUGGAUAAUACAUUUUGUGUAUAUUUAGGUAAUGUUCCCAUCACAUCAUUAAACAAGCACAAUGUUCACCUGAUAAAACUGCUGGUUUAUCUAUAGAUUUGUCAAUCCCUUAUUGUUUAGCUAUGAUUUUUUCCUUUGACUUCAACCUAUUUUGCUUUACUUUGAUUGAAGACUUGUGUUCACGGUGUUAAUGUCGCUGUAAGAUCUUCUAAAAUGGAAUUACUAACUCAUUGCAAUGACCAAGAAAACAGUAGGAUUUGCGAGUUUGAGUGCAGUUACACCUUGUAUGGCAAACAAAUCUGAAAGAAAUAAACAUCGCUCCAGUUGAGCUCUGUUCCGGUGCAUCAAUGCGUCUCACAAACACAUGCACUUGAUGAAAACUACUGUAAGAGAAAUAAAGUUUCAAACACGGAGGGAUUGUGAAAAAUACUAAGAAUACUAGUUUUAUUUUUUUUAUUCUUAAAUGAUAUUUCUUAUAAAACAGACUUGUAAAGAGAGCCAGUAUAGAUAAGCACAUAAUUUGUUUGAAAAGGUUACUUAACUAAAAUACUUAACAAAACACAGAUUAUGUCAUUAGUUGCUGCCAAGCCAUUAAACAGUAUUAACUCCUCUGCACCUGUGUGGAUUGUCAUUUGACACCAGAUCAUUCGAUAUAAUUCAGCGUCACAGACAGAAAUGUCAUGCACUCACAGAAAGAUCAAUCUGCCACAUCGAGAGCGAGUCCAGAUGAAUCAGAACACAGAGCACAGAGACGAUGCAAAUCAGACAGACAUACAGUUCACGCCACAUAACGCAUUAACAUCUGAUUUUAAUACACAACCCUUCAAAUACCACCAAAGUGAUUUUUAUGAAUGAUUUCAAACACUGCGAUGGAAUGUCUGUUCAUCCUGUACUGAUGUGAUGCAGAAUUCUAGCAGUGACGGAUUAUGGCAUUAUAUUUUGGCCUUCAUUGAUUAUGAUCAUUCAUAUUUUCAAACUUAACGCAGUUAAUCCCUAUUCCAACAC